AAAAUUUUUAAUCCGAAGCUUUAAUUCUUCCAUUAACGUUUAGGGAGAACCUUUUAUUUCGAACAGAAUUAUUUGAAAAUGUCCAACGAAAUUGCCGCUUUAGCUGAAGAAUUGAAAACUGCUUUACACCAAUACCCAAACUUCCCAAGUGAAGGUAUCUUAUUUGAAGAUUUCUUACCAAUUUUCAGAUCUCCAGAUUUAUUCAAGAAAUUGGUUAAAGCUUUCAAAUUACAUUUACAACAAACUUUCCCAGAUACUAAAAUUGAUUACAUCGUCGGUUUAGAAUCAAGAGGUUUCCUUUUCGGUCCAUCAGUUGCUUUAGAAAUUGGUGCUGGUUUCGUUCCAGUUAGAAAACAAGGUAAAUUACCAGGUAAACUUCUCAGUGCUACUUACCAAAAAGAAUAUGGUACUGAUGUUUUCGAAUUACAAGCUGAAGCCAUCCCAGAAGGUUCAAACGUCAUUGUCAUUGAUGAUAUCAUUGCUACUGGUGGUUCAGCUGCUGCUGCUGGUGAAUUGAUUCAAAAAUCAAAUGCCAACUUGUUAGAAUUCAACUUUGUUAUGGAAUUGGAUUUCUUGAAAGGUACUGCCAAAUUACCAGCCCCAAGUUUCACCUUAAUAUCUGGUCAAACUGAAAAAUUGAAAAAUUAGAUAAUGAUCAAGGGAAAAGAGAGUGUUGACGAUAGAUAUGAUUGAUCAGUUGGUACGUUCAUGGUUUGUUAUUACGGUUAGGAUUUCUUCACUUCGCCUAUAUUUUUGUACAAUAUUAAUUUUUUGUAAUUUAUGAACUUAGAG